GAUCUGCUGUGACGAGUCCUGCAUUGACUUCAAGGCUCAUGGAGGAUCUUCUAUUCCCAGGACAGCAGGUCAGUCAGCAAUGGCUGCAGCAGAAAUUCCCAGUUACAUUGUCUCUUCUCAGACUGAGAAACACAGGAGGGCCAGAAACUGGACUGAUGCAGAAAUGAGAGGUUUAAUGCUGGUCUGGGAAGAAUUUUUUGAUGAACUGAAACAAACUAAAAGGAAUGCCAAAGUUUAUGAGAAAAUGGCUAACAAACUCUUUGAAAUGACGGGAGAAAUUCGCCACGGAGAGGAAAUAAAGAUAAAAAUUACAAAUAUGACAUUCCAGUACAGGAAAUUAAAAUGCAUGACUGACAGUGAAACUGUUGCACCAGACUGGCCUUACUACAAAACCAUUGAUAGGAUCUUAUCCAAAGUGACAGACCACAGUGAUGUGAAAAUGCAUGAAAAUCAGCAACCAGGUCCUUCUACAUCACAGACAGAGGCCUCGCAGUCACCAUCAGCUAAGUCUACACCUCUGUAUUUGCCAUAUAAUCAGUUUACAUACGAAGGAAGGGAAGAGUGCUUUGAAGAUGAACAUUCAGAGAGCUCAUCAAGCUUACUUUCUUACAAGCUGAGAACUGAAGAAAGGCCAGUUAAGAAAAGGAAAAUGCAAAGCUGCAGCUUUCAAAAGAAGAAGCUAAAAUUAAUGGAGGCUAUGUUGGAAGAACAAAAGAAGUUGAGCAGAGCUAUGGAAGAAACCUGUAGAGAAGUACGCAGGAUUCUGGAUCAGCAAAACAUCAUUCAAGUUCAAAGCUUACAGCUACAGGAGAGAAUGAUGAAUCUACUGGAGAAAAUGAUUUCCAAAUCCAAUGUGUAGUUUCCUUUGUGAAUGCCUCUGAGAUUAUCAUUGAUAUUAUAGACAUCCCCUUACUGCACACCUUAUGUGUGUUUAUUGCCCUAUUCCUAGGUUUUCCAUGGAAAUUAAAAUCUUAGUGUAUUCUUAGAUAAGCAAAAAAGAACAGAUAAUGCAGGGUGAGAGCUAUCUGGCAUGAGAAAAAUAGUGCAAUAUAUGCCUAAACUGAAUUAUUUUUAUACAGAAAGAUUAAGGGAUGAAUAGCUCUAGGAAUUUCAAUACUAUUACGCCUAGGUCAGAUAUUGUUUUACAAAGAUGUUAUGUAUUUCUUCACAUCAAGGACCAUACCCUGACCUGUUGUUGAAGAACAAAGUAAUGUGUUCUUAAACAUGCUAAUUGCAUCUUGACUUUGCUGAUGAUUAAGCCCUGGUUUGAAACAUACACAGUGAUUGUGCAAGUGACCUAUGCGUGGUUCUUGUGAAGAGCUACUAGGGACCUCAAGAUGUCCUUUUAAACUCCAUGCCUGAUAUGAAUAGUACUCUAAUGUAUGAGAGUAAAAAUAGUCUAUUCAAAUACAGUUUUCAUAAAAUACAAACAAAUCCUUACUAUAUACUGGAUACUAAAAUGUAUAGACGAUAUUUGAAGGUGCUUUUGAUAUUAAAUGUUUAAUUUUUUUCAUUAUUAACUGGAAUCUGUUGACUUAAUGAGCGACCAGCAAUGAAAACUAUCAUUUCUUCUCUAUCACAAAAGAAAAAUAUUGUACUGUGUGUAUAUACAAAUAUAUAUCUAUCAAAUGAAAUAAAGGAAAAGAAGAAACGUACUUCUUGCUGGAUAGAUAGUACGCUUUGCGUUGGUGAAAAGGCUAUUACAGUCAAAAGUUUUUAAUUCUUAACUACUGGGUAAAGAUCUCCUCUGCUGGUGCAUAUAUUCAUGGAACUCCUAAAGAAUAUUCAGUACCUCUUCCUCAGCGUUUGCUGGUGACACAACUAUAAUAUAUAUGCAAGCAGACGUAAGGCAGAUCAUCAUCGACACACCACAAGAGGGAGCCGAAGGCAUAAGGGAUUGCGUUUCCUUUCUACAUUUCUUUCCGUUUUCUCCUUGAAAAGCAU